AAGAUAGUUAUACUUGUCACGACCUCUGCUCUGUUUAAUCAGAGCAGUUUCACUAUGAGCUGAAACGAUUAAAUCGAAAUCUACCGCGCGUUCUGAUUUAAGGGAAUUUCAAUUGCGCAGUUAAAACGCCUCCACUUUGGCUUUAUUCUAACUGAUCGUACAGUUUCAAGGCUUAAUAUAUGAAGCAAUAAUAUUUUCGCACGGCGAGUUUGAAGUCGCUCCACACCAGUCACAAGAAACUGAAGACCUUCUAGCGGUCGACUGGCGUACAGCUGCAAUACGCACUGAGCGGAACUUUCCCACCGAGACGCGAGCUGGAUCUUCUGCGGUCCAACAGGAACUGAGAAACCCGAAAAUCCGAAGGUCUGAGGUUAAGUUAUGACACUUCCCAUCAGGUUCACCAGAGACCAGCCGCUCUGAUGCAAGCCCUCAUCCGUUUGUAUGCAGGGGUGAGCUUUCAGCAUCAUCGUCUGUGAGGUGUGAGCUUCAUGGCCUUCUGGGAAAUAUCUAACAGCAAAGACAGCAUGGAGCCCACAGCAGGCGGCAGCAUCUCCUCGACGGCAGCAGAGUCCGACAUUUACCGCAGCCUCCAGGCGGUACUCAGAGAGGUGGACUGCCGUCACCCCCGCCUCCCUGUUCAACCGAGGGAUGCUGCGUUGGACUCUGCACAAGAAGGUCCAGAACCAUCCCGCGAACAGCCUCUCCUUGGUGAAAGUGGUGGUGAAGGAGCUAGAGAGGGCGGAAAGGCUGGACGUUAAGACCUACAUUAUUCCGCUCCUUCACACUCUGAUCUACGCUGUCGUUCAGGCCGCUUACAUUCCAGACGAGCUAUACAAGCGGGUGUAUGACAUCUGCAAGCGGCUGCUGAUCCUGCCGCAGCCGUACUGCAUUGUGGGCCUUGGCUACGCCAAACACAUCAAGACAGAAAUGUCCACGCCAGGUGUGAUGUACCAGAGGAUGGUACUCGCCGAGCAGAACUUGAAGAGCGAGUCAUAUCCCUUCCAUGAGAAGGUGCUGGUGUUUGCGGACCCCAGCGUCUUCUCGGGACCCCUUGGGGAAGCUGUGAGGGCCGACAUGGAGCCGACGGGCUCGAUCCGGGGCUCGCUGGGCCAUAUGUGCAGCGUGAUCCAGCACUCGGUGCAGGCAGCGCUGGGGGAGAGCUGCCAUGUCUCCAUGCUGGCUGGCGCCCUGGGGGACAUAGGCCAAGACGUCGAGCCGUACUUCCAGGAAGUGGUGGCAGCAGUGGAGCAGUCUGCAGAGGAAGUCAGCACAGAGCGCGCCCAGCACACCGCCAAGCUGCAACAGCUAUACGACAAGAUCCUCGCCACUGCUCGUCGAGAUACGGCCCACAGUCACUGCCCAGGACAGUCCGCAGAACCAUCAUCCCAGCUCCCGCACACCUUGUGUGACUCUCGACUUCCCAAUCCGGAGUUCAGCUUCCACCUAUGGAAGGAGGAUGACGACCUCUGGAAGGAGCUGGCGAAGUGUUUUCGCCCAGGCUCCAUGACUGAGCAGUACUCCAUUAACCAGGAUGACUUCGACAUGGCGGACCUCCCGGCGGACCUGGGCUCCGACAUGCCGCGCUACUCCGUCAUGUCCACAGAUAGUGGCAUCGAACGGGACCUGCCGGCAAGCGAGCUGCUGGGGAUGGGUGCCGAUACCCCCGCAGCAGGCAGUGGGGGCGUGCAGGAACAGCAGGAGCCAGCCCGUCUCAAUCGCCGGGGCGGCAUCAGGAUGAAGCCGUCCAUGACGGACAGCAUGGUGCUCAUCCAGGACUCCUUGGAGGAGGGGGGCACCAGCGGUACGCUGCUGAGGAAAGCGGGCAGCGGGAGCACCCCGUUGCCUAAGCAACAGCGCCACUUCACUGCUCGUAUUGUGGUUAUGGGUGACGACAGAGUGCUGGGAAGGCUCGCCAGGGCCUACUACUCCCUGAGGAAAAGGGAGGCAAGGCGUCUGUUUCUGACGACAAGAGUCAACCUACAGAUGUACUAUGUUCCAGUCACCAAUGACCCUGCUGCAAGCUCUCCUGGAAACGAGAGGAGCAGUAUCUGCUCCAUGGCCGCCUACUUGGGGCGGGUAGAUCCGUGGUAUGACUGCAACAUCACCAGCCUCGGAUACAUGAUUCCGCAGAUGGCGAGAACGCAAUCGAACACUGCCAGUUCCUCAGAGCCUAGCCCUUUUUUGGUGGACGUCAUCUCCUACUAUAUCCGCACUGCGCUUCAGCCUGUCUUCUUCACCAUCUACACUGUCAAGAUUUGCUUCUCCAACCCGAAGGACCCAGUCGAAGAUGUUUUCAUCUCCAACCUGGAGGCCGAAUUGCCGGAGAUCAGCCACAAAGAUGCAUCUAUCAGACACAGGAAGACCGUAACAGAAACGUGCGGGGCGUUCAUCUCCAUUAGCUACAGGAAGGCUUCCCUAAGCAACAGAGAUCUAGAAAAGAAUAUUUUACUAAGAACAACAGAAGUGCAUGUGAAUGCGAUUCCAUCCAGUGAAGCAGAAGAUCUCGACUGGCUGACUGUGAAGUUCGCCGACUCCAAAUCAAAAAAUAGCACGGAGAACAAAAUCAGGACAUGUAACAUUAAAUUCCAGUCACUUGAGAAUAAGAGUUUCACCGUCUGUCUUGACAAAGAUUCACGCCGGACUUUUAAAGACGUUCAAAGCAUUGAAAUCGUCCCGUGUGUGGAUCCAGGAUACAGCGUCCAGAAGAGCGCAAAUAAUAGGUUCAGCCUUGGUGGGGAGAAGCAGGCUGGACUGAGCAAGUAUAUGAGCAAAGCCCUUCUCCUGCCUCUCAAUACCUUUGCAGGAAUUAUCCACUGACCAGGGGACGUAGGGGAAAAGGCUGAAUCAUCUGCAGAGGCUUAUGCUGAAGUUUUUAUCAGCCACUGACACUUCACCACCUUCUGUAUCAACCACCCACCGUCUCCAGUAAGGAGCUGAGCUCUACACAGCGGUUAGCGUACUGGAAGUCUCUCACUGAUGGUUGAUUUUCUGGAGGCGUAAUGUAAAUUCUAACUGUCUCCCGCUGACAUGGUCACCAGCAUAUUUUCAGUUAUUGAGGAAACUGUCAUAAUUUGGGCUCGAUGACUCCACUGUGGCUUGUGUAAAACUGAGCACUGCCUAUGGAGUCUGUGACUUUGCCUGUCUCCAUGGACGCCCUUGACCUUUAUUUACUGAUAUUACCAAGAAGAGUAGGAGUAUCGUUCUCUAGACUACUCCAUUGUGUCUGGUGACAGAGUGUUAAAUCUUUCCUCGCUUCACUGGUUAGAGAUCAAGCUAUGGGCUUCAGUAAGACUAUUCUCAGGCCCCCGAGUUAGUGGGUUUUACUGAUUAAGCUGCCGGUUAUUAUGCUAAGUGCUAGUCAGAAAUUCCUGGGGAAGUUCUCAUGCUUAGGGGGCAGAAGUGAAAACAUUGGGGGCGGAAGGCAAUUACAACGGAGUGACUGCACUGUGGUGAAUAUUAACAGCCACUAGAGGGUGACAUUGAGGGGGAAAGCAGAUGGACAGGGGAGCGGGGAGCGGUCCCCAGUAGCUGCUAGACAUUUUGCAGACAUUUAGAGCCUGAUUAUCAAGGCUUUUGACCAGUGCAAUUUUUUUUCCUUAAAGAGGGUUUGGGUUUGCACUGAUGCUAAAGCCUGGCAUCUCGAAUCAGGCUCUCUGUUUGGCAGUGUCUAUUUUAUCUUUGACUUUAUAUGCUAAAAGAAGUGCAAUAUGCAGGAAGGUUAGUCGGCGAUAUGCUGGAUCAAAAAAUACUAUUAAUUACCCUUAUUUCCGUGAUUAUUGUAGUGAUACAUCCAGAAAGGUACGUCAGGAGCACUUAAGAGUUCUAAGUUGCAGGGCAUGAUCCACUACAGCACCCGCUGCCAAUACUUUCAAAGCUUGUUUGUAGCCUUUGGUAUUGGUAAAGGCCCUUUCACUAUAGAAUUACCAGACAACUGGAAUGAAGGCUGGCUCACUUUGUCAUAGGUUUUCUGGUGUGUAGUACAACCUGUCUAUCGUAUGAUGAUUGUCCUAGUUAUACUCGUCGCAUCUGCAGAGCACAGAGCUGUGCGGUAGGAGGUAACCAAUGAAAAGUUUAAACCACUUAAAAUUGAGUGACAAUGACAAAUGUGUACAUUCUCGGUUCCUACAGCAUUGCAUUUUGGGUAAUGGCUUCUAAAUUGAAAACCGCGAUAACUAGCAGCCAUGAAAAUAUAUAUUCAUCACUUUUUUUUUCUCAAAUCAAUCUAUUUUGAAUAUGUCCAUUUAUGAUCCUGUGCUUUUAUUUGGAUGUUAUAUUUCUGAAUCAAUGUCAUUAUUCAGGAACAUCUGUUGAAUGUGUAGUAUUGCUCCCUCGUGUUUCUAAUCUGAUUCUGUGUCAGUUUGCUGUAAACCACUUAUACAGCAGACCUGAGACCACCAGGGUCUUAGUUAAAAUGAAGUGUAUUCACAUUCAGCAUUUGCACACUAUUUUCUGUCUUAAAUGUAAGAUGUAUGAUAAAUGUACUGUAAAUUCUGUAAUUUAUUAAAUUUAAUUUUAUAAAUAGAAUAA